AAGUUUAUAAACGAGGAAUGUUGCAUAUGCAGCGAAGAGUUUGUGCAAAGUUCCUUCAUCUACGAAAUGGGCUGCAGACACGCAUUUCAUUUCAAAUGUUUGGACAUGUGGCUCGAAAACAAAGGCAGUUGUCCAUGUUGCCGCAAAGAUAUUGUC